UCCAGGAAGUGCCUGGCUCCGACGCGACAGUUGUCACAUAUAGCAUAGCUUGCCAAUACCGGGAAAAGACAGGAGAAACAACUUACAUAAGGAACUCGCUGCCAAUCAGAUUUAUUUUUACUAGAAAACUAUAUUUGAUUCAACUAAACUUCCGCAUCACUGGGAGGCUCACUGGGACGUGGUGCGUAAAAGGACACUUCACGCACCAGACAAUUGGAAUGAUAUGACCAUUGGCCAUGUCCAUUUAGCUGAACCAACAUUAUUUUUUUUUGAUAUAUGAUAAUAUAGACUAUUUUAUUUGUUGACAAAGUCUGAGAAGAACGAAAAAGGGGAAAGAUGUUCCCUUUGCCUAUGUUCACCCCGGAACAAGUGGCUCGGGUGUGCGAGAACCUCGAGGAGACCGGCGACAUCGAGCGCCUGGGGCGGUUCUUAUGGUCCCUGCCUGAUGCUGUCCCUGGCUCCGCCGGGGAGGCUCUCAACCGCCACGAGUCAGUGAUGCGCGCCCGGGCGCUGGUCGCCUUCCACGGAGGAAACUUCGAGGCGCUUUACCAGAUCCUCCAGAGCCACCGCUUUACACGCGAGUCUCACGCCAAACUCCAAGAUCUGUGGCUGGACGCGCAUUACCGCGAGGCAGAGCGGCUCCGGGGCCGUCCCCUGGGACCGGUGGAGAAGUACCGUAUCCGGAAGAAGUUCCCACUGCCUCGCACCAUCUGGGACGGCGAGCAGAAGACGCACUGCUUUAAGGUGAGACACCAAGCUGAGAGAACUCGUAGCCUGCUCAGGGAGUGGUACCUCCAGGACCCCUACCCAAACCCGUCCAGGAAACGGCACCUGGCCCAGGCCACGGGACUCACGCCUACACAGGUCGGCAACUGGUUCAAGAACCGACGCCAGAGAGACAGGGCCGCGUCGGCAAAGAACAGACUGCAACAGGACCCCACCCACCUGCCUUCCGGAUGCUCCCCUGAGAGUUCUGUCCAGGAGCGCCACUCCCACCACCCCCGCCUGCUGACUGCCUCCCCCUGUCACCCGGGCAGCCCCGAGGCCAGCGACUGCAGCACCGGCACCGACCCUCGGGGCACCGGAGCCUCCACCCCCGACAUCUCCGUCAGCAGCGACAGCGAGUUUGAAUCCUGAGGUCGGGUCAUUGAGUGCAGCUGGAGAGAGGCUCUAAUUGGUUGAGUCCUCAAGGGAGAUGCUAUUAUUGGUUUUCAGCCAGGAAGCCCCGGCCCCACAGAUAUAGAGACAAUAUAGACACUGUAGAAGUACUAUCUGUCUGUGAGUUGGGAUUGAACACAUUGGCAAAAGACUCGAUAUGGACACUUGAUGUGGUUGCUAUUGGAAGAAUGGGGAGGGGUGGGGGGUUGGGGAUUGGACCAUUCACAAACACAUGCACUUAAAAUGCACCAUCGCACAUGACUGUGAGGUACACGGUUAUUUACAGUGCCUUGCAAAAGUAUUCAUUCCCCUUGGCGUUUUUCCUAUUUUGUUGCAUUACAACCUGUAAUUUA